ACCAGAAGAUCGUAACGGGGAGGGGGCGGGAGGGGGGUGGGGCAGCCUUAGCCACCCACGGCCUGGAGCCUGGGAGGACGAGGAGCGAGGCCAGGCUACCCGCCUCGUCACAACUUGCCCAGACGGGACACGCUUUAUCUUGCACCCUGGAAGAAGGAGCCGGCCUGCCUUUCCGUGCUCGGUCGCUCCUCGGCCUCCGCGAGCCCCGCCUCUGCGCCAGCAGCAAUCCCGGGAUCCGGGUCCCCCGCGUCGCCCCGUGGCUUGCAGCGCCCGGCUUUCGCCCAGGAGCGCGCGGCUGGGGUGCUGGAAAUACAGCGGUGAGCUACACACCCCUCCUGUUCCCGCUGAACCUGCCAGCCCGGUGGAUGGAGCCCAGAACCCACAAACCUGCCAGGAAAGAAAAAAAAAUUCCUGAUGGUUGGUCCAAGCAGGGCCUCCCUGGUGGAUUGAGGAAUGCCUGGCUUUUCCUCAGCUCCUUGAUCUUGGAGGUGACCACGGGCAGCCUCCAGAGGACCCCUGCAAUGAGAGGCCUGGGGUCUGCAAGUCGCUGCUAGAAUUUUUUAAAGAAUGCAGCGCCGACAGAAAUCUGUAAGGUCCCUGGGCGCAUGCUGAACGCGCGUGGGCCGACACGCCCUGAGCUCCAGGUCGGGGCUGGGCGUUGCUAUAGUAACGUCCUGGACGCCCAGAUCUCAGGCCGCCGCCGCCGAAGCGGGCGCCUGGGCCUUCUCCAGCUCACGAGGGGUGUGGCGGCGGCGGCCCCAAAGCGGCCCAGGCCAGGUAGAAGACACUGCUCCGCCCCUCAGGCGCAAGCCUAGGCGGCCGGCUGGCUUGCAAGCAUGCCCUUCCAGAAGCACGUGUACUACCCUCUGGCCAACAGCCCCGAGGGGCCCGACGCCCCUGCCGCAGGCGCGGCCCCCAUGGCCUUCGUCCCCGCCAGCGCGGCCACGGGCCCCCUGCCCUUCUUCCAGUUCCGGCCGCGGCUGGAGAGCGUGGACUGGAGGCGGCUGAGCGCCAUCGACGUGGACAAGGUUGCCGGCGCCGUGGACGUCCUGACGCUGCAGGAGAACAUCAUGAACAUCACCUUCUGCAAGCUGGAGGACGAGAAGUGCCCGCACUGCCAGUCGGGGGUGGACCCCGUGCUGCUGAAGCUGAUCCGCCUGGCGCAGCUCACCAUCGAGUACCUGAUGCACUCCCAGGACUUCCUCACGUCGCAGCUGAACCUGGUGGAGGAGAGGCUGCGCCUGAGCAUCAGCGACUACGAGCAGAGCAAGCAGCUGCUCACCAAGCAGGCCGGCGAGAUCAAGCUGCUUAAGGAGGAGUGUAAACGCAGGAAGAAGAUGCUGUCCACGCAGCAGCUGAUGAUAGAGGCCAAGGCCAGCUACUUCCAGUGCCAUUUUUGCGACAAGGCCUUUAUGAACCAAGCCUUCCUCCAGAGCCACAUCCAACGGCGCCACGCCCCCGAGUCUCACCUUGCAGAGUGUAACACAAAGGCCCAGACGGACAGGCUGCAGAAGGAAAUGGACAUGUUGAAGGAACAGCUGCAGCUCACCCGGUCACAGCUGGAGUCUGCCCAGCACUCUCACGCAGUCCGGUUCUCUAAGGAAUAUGAAAUGCAGAAAACAAAAGAAGAAGACUUUUUGAAGCUAUUUGAAAGAUGGAAGGAGGAAGAAAAGGAGAAGUUACUAGAUGAAAUGGAAAAGGUCAAGGAGAUGUUUAUGAAGGAAUUUAAGGAAUUAACUACAAAGAACUCCGCAUUAGAAUACCAAUUGUUAGAAAUACAGAAGUCCAAUGUCCAGGUCAAGUCCAACAUAGGCACCUUAAGAGAUGUUAAUGAUGUUAAAGAAGGCCGGCUUCCAUGUCCCCAAGAUUUCCAAAACAUGCUGCAGCUCCUUGACAGCCAGGCAAGCAAGUGGUCAGAUCGAUUUCAAGUUCUCAACGAGGAACACAGCAAGGAGAAGGGACAGCUCCUGUCACACAUUGAAAAGCUUCGGAGCUCCAUGAUGGCAGAUCUGAGUGCAGACAAUGUUUUCUACAAGAGGCGGGUAGAAGAGCUAGGCCAGAAGCUGAAGGAGCAGAAUGAGCUCAUCAUCACUCAGAGGAAGCAGAUUAAAGAAUUUGCCAGUGAGCCCCACUGCAGUGAGAUGAAAGGGAAUUCUCUGACCCGACAAGCACUGGAAUCUAAAUCAGCUGCACCCACGAAUGCCCCAGCCACACGGCCUCUGGAUGUACCAUCCAGCCUGCCCAUGGCAAAUGAGCCAGCAGUAUUCCCAUCACACAUACUGGAACCAAUAGAAGAACUUUCUUCAGAGGAGGAAAAAGGACGAGAAAAUGAACAGAAGUCAAAUAAGAAGACGCAUUUAAGGAAAACUUCGAAGACCAGCCUCUCCCCUAGGGACCUGAGGACGAACUUGGAGAAGGAGCUGGGGAAUAAACUUCGCAGCUUUGGGAUUAAUGCGGAUAUCCACGGGAUCCCAUGUGAUAUCCUCAAUAGAUCGCUGAAAGCCAUGCAGUUGGCCAGACACGAUCGAGCCAGGCAGAUGCCGCACAUGCAGCAGAUUCGAGAGUCCCUCGAGCAUCAGCUCACCUGUAAAGUCGAGGAGAAGCUGUCGGUGCCUUCAGAUAGGCAUGAUGCCCCUCCCAUGAGCACCUUUCCAGCCGAAGAAGUACCCAAGGCAACCCAGAUUCCCCCCAAAAGCAGACCGUUGGUCAGACAGAGAAGUGUGUUUGCUGAUAAGGUGGCUGUCCCAAAUCUUAAGAAAAAUACCAAAGAAAAUCAUUUUCUCAGAAAUUUUUCGUCUACCAGGACGCCUCCCUUCAGCUCAGGAGAGGAGGAGGAAGAAGACUUCAUCCAGGCAUACAUAUCCCCAGAGUUACUCAGCACCCACCCCUCUAGAAGCAGCAUGAGCAACUUCGGGAAGAGCUCUGUCAAGAGUGACACAGACUGGACGGAGGGGAGUGAACUGGCGGACUCCGACACUUCUCCGAAGCCCACAGGAACCUCCAUUAAGAUACAAACUGAAAAUGUUGAGAACAUGGUUUUACACCAAGGAAAUGGGAGUAAACCAGUUCCUGGAGUGAAUAUUCCUGAAACACUUGUCAAAAAGGAAGAACUGCAAGAAUUAAAGUGCGCAGAUGUACAGGACGAAGAUUGGGACGUCUCAUCCUUUGAGGAAGAAAAGUCUUUGGGGAAGAAGAUAGAACAGAGGGAGCCUCCACCUGGGAAGAGAGAUGUAAAUUCCAGUCAGGUGCCGAGGGCCUGGGGCCCUGUGAACCCUCGGGAACUCAAGGAAGAAGGACUUCAGGAAAACGAAGCAAGCAUGCUGAAAAGCAGCCUAGUGACUGUGACAGACUGGAGUGACGUUCGUGAGGUCUAACCGCAAUCCCACGUGUCGGAAAACUGUUCCGGAAGCCAGCAGGAAGGCAGCCAACAGCCUCUUGGGGUGUAAGGCUCCCCAGUGUUUCCCACCGCGACAAAGACACCCACUCAGAACAAGGGCAUCCUGUGACAUAACACAGGCCUGAGAACCAGCCGUCAGCUGUGCACUGUAUAAACCGAGAUCCAUGGCGUCAUAAAAUGUUCUCUUCAGUACAGUCCUCGCUAGUGUUGAGCGUAUUUUCUUCAGCUAACUAAGUCUUUUUCUUUCUUCGACUGAAUUGGUUUGAAUUAUUACAGCUUUUUAAAAUAUAUACAAACUGUCACAUUGGUAGUGCUUGUGUUACAGAAUUCCGUUAAGUCUCUUCAGAAUUAGUGAAGUCAAUGAUAUCCUAGGGGUGACACUGAUUGUUUUCCAUAUGGAAGUCCAGGAUGCUAACACUUAGCUAGGCCCGUGGCAAACAGGUUUUCUCAAAGCCCCUCUGACCCCUGAGCUCCGAGGCCCUGGGAGCGUGUGUUGCUGACCAUUGUUUUCUGCAGUGUCCUCUGUGUCUUGGCUAUUUUAUGAGUAACAUACAACUGUUCUAAAUGCCGAUUGAUCUUCAUGAGAUGGUCACUAGAAAAAGAUGAACCGCUGACUCAUACACGUGUGUAGUUUUCUGUUUUUCAGUACCCAGCCCAUAUUAUAAAUACCUCAGAACUAAUUUAUAUUCUUGAAUAAUGAUCUUGGCAAUGACCAGAAAGUUUAUAAAUAAACUUUUUGUUUCUCUUUUCUUUUUUUAAUUUUUUUCCUUUUUUUAAAAAAUAUUUUUUAUACUUUGUGGUACUAUUAGGACUAUCUCAAGAAAAAAAAAGUCCCAUUUUAAUGGCUUGUUGAUUUGGUUCAUCUGUCAACCAGUAAAGUCCUC